CGUCGACCACCGCAGGCCCCGACACCCACCCUCCGCGACGAAUUAUACCACCCAGCUCGACUUCGCUUCCUCGUCGGACUGAAUUCUCGCAACAAUGGCGACCGAGUUGACCGUCCAGUCGGAACGUGCGUUCCAGAAGCAGCCUCACAUCUUCGUCAACCCCAAGGCUCAGGCGAAGAGCAAGAAGGUUGGCACCGGCCGCCGUUGGUACAAGGAUGUCGGUCUGGGUUUCCGUACCCCCAAGACCGCCAUUGAGGGCUCCUACAUCGACAAGAAGUGCCCCUUCACCGGUCUGGUUUCCAUCCGUGGCCGUAUCCUGACCGGCCGUGUCGUCUCCACCAAGAUGCACCGUACCAUCGUCAUCCGCCGUGAAUACCUCCACUACGUCCCCAAGUACAACCGUUACGAGAAGAGACACAAGAACCUUGCCGCUCACGUCUCUCCCGCUUUCCGUGUUGAGGAAGGUGACUGGGUCACCGUCGGCCAGUGCCGCCCCCUGAGCAAGACUGUCCGCUUCAACGUCCUCCGUGUCCUGCCCCGUACCGGCAAGGCCGUCAAGGCUUUCUCCAAGUUCUAAGCGUCUCGAUGAGGAAGGGUGUGUUUUCGCGAGGACGAACCUAGGGCAGCGGCGUGACUGGAUAUAAACGGAAUAGUUUCUAGGGUUGGGAUUGUUUCACGAUUUCAUGUCCCAGGUACCCUUGUGGAAGGAAUAUCCAAUGAAAAAAUUACUUUGAUUCUCCCACAUAGACUUUUAUAUCUGUACGAAAGCUCAGAGCACUGAGGGAGGGUUCAGUAUGCUAGUGUGAAAUCUAGCCUUUCUAAUCGAGUCACUGUCGCUUCCAUUUGAGUCCUUUUGUAAUGUUCCUUAUGGCUUAUAUCGGCCCGUGCCUGGUUCGGACGCGUCAACCAGUCAGGGUUAUAGUAGGUUCCUUCCAUUCAGCUAGAUACAUUCCAGUGGCCCUUAAAAUACCUCCAGCUCAUUAAUCAGACAUCACAGUCCUUCCCCUCGUACUACUGUGCACUUUUCCUAUCACACCCCGCCGAUUCCUUCAAUCUUCUUCAAUAAUCGUUCCACAUGUGGGGCAGAAGGAGGGACGAGACUACUACAGAAGCCAGCGUCUUCGGCGUUCCCGAU